UUGAUUUUAAAUGAUUGUCAUAAGCAGUUAUGACACAAUAUUUAAUGAUUGACUCUGACCUUGUUUGGGUGCCAGGCCUAAGGAGCUUUUAACGAUCAUCAAUUAUAACGCUAAUGAUGACCAGGAAAUGUCCUUGAUGUCUAUGGUUGGCUUAAAUAGCGGUCAAAAAUGUCUGAUGUAAAGUUGCCAGGAAGAUUGGAAUCAUUUGCUGAUCAAUUAUUUACUCGAACAGUCUUAUUAAUUACUGGUGUACUCUUCGUAAACAUCAACAAAAUGGUUUGAUCAGCAAUGUAAUUAAUAAUAAUGAAUACCCAUCGGAUAGAAAGCCAUCAACAGGAUUGAUACAGUGAAUUUGAGGAAAACGAUCAAAUCGUCUGGUUUACACGUGAAUGGCGUACAAAAGUGGUCAAACCAGGAUUGUUUUCAUCUUUUCGGAAGAUGUUGACAAUAUGUAAAGCAUCUUGUUACCAGAAAACCAGGAACACCACGAGAAACAAGAUGACAAUGAUGUAAGAUGGAAAUGCUCAGGAACCAAGAAAGCUCAAUGGAUUUGCAUGUCAAGAAAUAUUCACACCGUUGAAAUGGUAAAAACCUUGCCCUCCUUUCAAAAAGGUUUAACUGUUGGCCUAAAAUUCAAGAUACUACCGAUCGAACUGAAAGAUAUAAAUUAUUGCUUUUAAAUUAAUGGAUGUGAAAGACUUUUUUGGAAAAGCUCAAAAGGAUUGACAAUAAAGACUUGUUAAGGCAUAAAGGCUUGUCGAACCAAAGACACCACCGAUUUACCCACCAAAACUGUUUACCAGAAUUUCAGAUUAUUGUGUUUUCCAAGCGCAAUCUUAAGUUCAUUGUAAUGAUCUAUUGUAAUCACGUAUUGUAAUAUUGACAGGUUUCGCUUGAAGCUUGCUCAGCAUCAGAAUCGACUGCAGCAUAUUUUUGGAGUAUGUAAUCCAUUGAAAUUUUCUCGUGGUAAACUCAAUGGAAAUGAAAGAAAGGAAAAUAGAGAGACAGAAUUGAAAAUAUAACAGGAUGAGUGAGGAAAGAUGAGAAGAGAAAGAGUCACAUUUUGAGACGAAACGCCCAAGCAUGAUACAAAUAGAUGAAGCUAAAAAGCUUGAGCCAGAGAGAGGCUAAAGCUUAAUUGCAAUGGAGAAGAAGCAGAAAAAUUAGCCUCAUCUUUUCUUUUCUUCUUCUCUUUCUUUCUUGCACUCAUCAUCAUCUCAUCUUCUCUCAUCUAUUCAAAAUUAGAUCCACUGGAAUGUCUUACCAGCAAAGAAAGAGACCAAAAAAUUCGCGAGUCAACACACAGUAAACUCUCUUCACUCAUUUUCCUUUCUUCUUUCCAUUUCACAGAUUUUUAUGAACGGAAGAUCAUCUUUUUCCAUCAUCAUCAUCCCCAUGAAUCUGUGCUCCUUUAACCUCACUCCAUCACCAAAACCGUUAUUUUCAUUACAACUAUUUACAUUUCUCUAAACAAUAACUACAUUAACGUAUUCCAUGUGAUUUGUGACUCUCUUUACAUCUUUGGCCACAAUCGAGAUUCUAUUUUCUUAACUCUAUCCCAAGCUGACCUCUUGUACAGUUUAUCUCGUCUGGUUUAGCUGGUUUAACAGUCAAUUUACCAAUGUUUACAAUUUGAGUUAACAGUCAACAUUCACAAUGGACAACCCAAGUGCUUUAACCCAAAAUAAAUUUAUAAAAAUUAACCAAUUAGCAUGAUUCAAAUGGAUUUAAAUGAUUGACUUUUGGCCAGAUGAAUCCAGCAAUUAACAAUGGAUAAUCUUGUCCCCAUUUUGCUGUAUAUACGUAAUUUUCGUGAAUAUCGACAUCGAGACUGUCGAGAUGGUUCUCCACGAUUUGUGGGACGUGAGUCAUCUCGCCGUAGAGCUCGCAACAGAUCAUCUGUAUCAACAUCAUCUCCAUCAUCUUCCUCGUUUUCAUCAACAGCAACAGGUAACAAUAGUGUUGGAAGAUCACCUUCAUUUCGUUAUAAGAUGCAACAAGUUGGCGAAGAGAUUAAGGAACUGGAAAAAGAAACUUCUCCUGAAAUUGAAAGAUCAUCUCGUGUUGAUAUAAAAUCGCCGUCAGUUAAUCAUAUUGAUUCUACAUCGUCAGAUCACCAAUUGGAGGACCAAGAUUAUGAUGAUUAUUCCAAGUUAACCAGUUUAGAAGACGAAGAGCUUACUGAAAAUUUCCAGAUGAAUGCAGAUGAUCCUGAUGACUCUGAUGGUAAAUAUCGACGAAUUUUGUUGGCUAACACUCUUCUGGACAAUGAACGUCAAGUUUAUUCCUUUGAAGUUGAUAACAUACGAGAUGAAUACAGUAUAUUGGAGGAUGAUUAUUUAAACGAACGCCGACUAUUGAGAGACAAAACAAGGGCUCAUGAUUUAUUAACACGGGAUUACGCCAAAUUGAAAGAUUCUUGUCUUUAUCUAGAGCAUUGUAUUAGCCAACGCGAUGGUAUAUUAGAGAAAAACGGUCUGAGUUAUUUGCAAUUAAAGCCAUUCCGUUCAUUUUGUGAUAUUAAAACUGUGGCUCACUGUGAUGAGGACAGUAAUGAUGAUUUUAAUGGAGACGAGUUUGACUCUGCGCCAUUGAAUUCUUCCGUUGUCUUAGUAGAUAAUCCUUCUAGUCCUAUUGACCAAUUUGUGAUCAGUUUCUUCAACCAGUAUGACCAAUCAACUCUGGAAAGUAAAUUGAAAGAGCUGAUUAAUGAAAAGAUGACUCUUAAUAAGGCUGCUGAAAAAUUGCGGGAAGAUGUGAAAUGCAAACGUCAAGAGAAUCUCGACUUGGAAGAGAAAGUUUUCGCCGAUUCAUUCAAUUUUAUUGAUUCUUCCGAUAUUGUAAGCCUAGAGGCUCAAAAAGAAAACAUUCGACUCUUGAAUGAAUAUCGGGAUAAAUUAACCAGAACAAAUGAAGAAACCAAACGUUUAAAAGAAAAAUUAACUUACCUUGAAAGUGAACUAGAUCGUCUGAAAAGCCGUCAUCAUGAUGCAGAGUUUUCAGAAAUCCAGCUCAACAAGAAUAAAAGGCAAUCACUAAGAAAGCUACGAGAAGUGGAAGCCAAAAUUGGUGAACUUGAAGGUUUAAAUAACCUUUUGUAUAAGAAACUUGAUAAGAUGAAAAAGUCCAAAUAUGUUGUAAGCUGAUUCCAAAGUUAAGAAGGAUCUCCAAAAUGAAAUGAAUUUUCUUCACUUGCAAAGCACCAAAAAAUCAAUGGAAAGCAAAGAAAGAAACAAGAAAAUGCCCAAAAGAGUGACCAUAUUUUUGCAGCCAUAAUUUAUUAUCUUAAUUGAUAACAUGGAAAAACAAAGCCAUUAACAAGAGCAUCCGCCUGCCUAAACCUACCAUCGCUUCACCACCAUUAUUAUCAGCGUUAUUAAUGCUGCCAUCAUUAGCAUUAGCAUUAUCAUCAAAAACAACAAUACCAACAACAAGAACAUCAUUAUCAUCAUAAAAAUUACAGAAAUAACAUCAACAUUUCAUCUUUUCUCAUGAUUUUCUUCCCUCACCGGAGAACAUAAGCAAUUCUCCCAUCAAUUGCUACUCUUUCCAAGGAUCAAACCAAUGAAGGAUCAAAGACUCCAGCAAAAACCCUUUACUCUGAAAAUUCGCCAUAUUCAAGUAGCUCUUAUUGGACACACAAAAAAUGACUGAUCGUUGGCUACAAAAACAGAGCCAUUUCAAGUCUCUUUUUUUACACCGAGAGGAAAGAUGAAAUCUUUGCCUGUUAAUUUACGCCAUUGUUACAAUUUCUUACGAGAUUUUCAUUACUUCGCAUUUAAUCUCUUUUAUUCAGUAUUAUUAAUCAAUGUUGAUAGACAAGAAAGACAAUUUUGAUCACAAGCUGUGCAUUAGCUUCAAAUGACAAGUUAAUCCAACGAGCGAGCAAAAAUAUCUAACGAAUCUAGUUUUUUACCUCGACAUCGCCAAGACAUCAAUGUAUACUUUUGUGAAAUCAUUUCAGUUAUUCGUUUAUAUCAGCCCAUACUAACCAAGUCCAUUGUUUUUUGAUGCCAUCCAUCAGCACCGUGAGCCCAUCAAAUACCAACCAUCGAUCAAUCAAAUUGACUGUCAAUCGAGUAUGCUUAACCUGCAAAUCUAUAAUUCAAACCACAAAGGCCUAUCAUUGAGACUAGCAUCGUUGACUCAACUGCAAAUUUGACUUGUUUUAAAAAAACAAUCCAAGUUAAUCUUCUGAUUACGCGAUUUUUACCUUGUCUACAUUCUUAAUCACCACUGUAAAGGUUGAUGUACAAAAACAUAAACACAACACUUGUAUACACCUUGGAUUCAGUUUCUAAUGGUGAAAAUUGUUUUCAAUGAACAGAAAAAAUUAAACUCUUCUUUCAACUAAUCAAAACAAAGAGCCACUAAAAGCAAAUGAUAUUCCAAGUCAAUGCCUUACAAUGAGGAAAAAGCAAAAUUAUUUUCAAAACCCAAUCAAUGAAAAGUGCCAAACAUAGUAAACAAGACUCUUCAGAGUCUCAGGUUAACAGAUGAAAUAAAGCUGCGAAAAGACAACAUAAAACCAUUCUAUCUAAAUGACUGUUUAUCCAAUUGCCUUUGAUAGUGUUGAACAUAAUUAGUGAUGAUUUUUAAUUACAAACCUUUGGACCUGUAAAUGUACAACAAGAAACCUGGACAUGUAAGCCACACAAUGUUACCAGAUUUGAAAUGGGAAAACAAAAGGAACACAUAAAAAUCCAAGCUUUCUCUAUAAAAUAAUGAUAAUGAUAGUAAUUCAUUAGCUGAAUGCCUGUUUAUCCUCCUGUCUUUGAAUCUGCCAUUUCACCAAAGAAAGAAGCAAGAAAGAUGAAAGAAAGUGAUGAAGAUAAAGUAAAAACAAAGGUGAACAAAGCAAAGGUCCUUUGAGGCACUAAGCAUGAUUAGAUGGUUGCUUUUGAUUGCUUUUUGCUCAUUCCUUUAUUUAUAAGAUUUGUCAAGAAAACGAUUGCACGUUCACUUGUUAUGUUUCCUGUAAUAUUUGCUGGUUUCUCCUCUCACAACUCGAUAAAAUAAAUAACUGAAGUUACCUUCAAAUCAUCAAAAAUCAUCACCAUCUUUACCUUUCACCCAACAUUUUCAUCUACAAAUUUUGAUUCCAAAGACAGAGAGUGAACUUGCAUCUCUUCUCAUCCCUAACCAUCAAAAUAUGUUUACCUGAAUGAUCAACAGUAAAUGAGAUGGCAACAAAUUGAAAAGCAAAACAAAAAAAACACACCAAACUCAAUUGUAAUCAUUGAUUGUUCAUCUUGUUUGGUUGUAAAAAGAAAUAGCAAUCAAAAUCUGUCAAAAUUGGCUGCGAUUGAUAAAAAAUAUAUUUAUAAAGUGAGUUAUUGAUAGCAAUA